CUUAACCCUUUGCAGUGUGCUGCUUGAAGGUGAAACUCUCCUGCUUUGUUUUGUCUUGGAGGCUAAAAUGUCCCCCGGCAGACUGUUAACCGUGCAGGCUCGGACGUGUAGGCGCCUGGCUCACAGUUACUUUGCCAGAACCUACACAUCACGGCCUUCGCUUAAUGAAGUUGUCAUCGUCAGCGCGGUGCGAACUCCAAUGGGCUCCUUCAGAGGCAGCCUGGCAGCAGUUCCUGCCACCAAACUGGGCUCUGUUGCUAUUAAAGGAGCCAUAGAGAAAGCAGGAAUUUCUCCUGAAGAGGUGAAGGAAGUUUACAUGGGCAACGUGCUUCAGGCAGCGGAGGGUCAGGCUCCCACACGACAGGCCCUGCUGGGGGCAGGUUUGACCAUUGGGACACCGGCAACAACCAUCAACAAAGUGUGUGCUUCUGGGAUGAAGUCCAUCAUGUUGGCGGCACAGAGUCUAAUGUGUGGACAUCAGGAUGUUAUGGUGGCAGGAGGCAUGGAGAGCAUGUCCAACGUGCCGUACGUCAUGGCCAGAGAGACACCACCCUACGGAGGCGUGAGGAUGGAGGACCUCAUUGUCAAGGACGGCCUCACAGACGUCUACAACAAGUUCCACAUGGGCAACUGUGCAGAGAACACGGCGAAGCAGUGCAAGAUCAGCAGAGAGGAGCAGGACGCCUACGCCAUCAGCUCCUACAGCCGCAGCAAAGCGGCGCACGAGUCCGGCGUGCUGGCCAAGGAGAUCGUCCCAGUCAGCAUUCCACAGAGAGGGAAACCAGACGUGGUGGUGUCCGAGGACGAGGAGUGGAGGAGGGUGGACUUCAGCAAAGUGCCCAAACUGAAGGCAGUCUUCCAGAAAGAGAACGGCACGGUGACGGCAGCUAACGCCAGCACACUGAACGAUGGAGCAGCCGCUCUCGUUCUGAUGACGGCAGACGCUGCAAAGAGACUCAAUGUCACGCCGCUGGCCAGGAUCGUCUCUUUCGCUGAUGCGGCUGUCGCACCCAUUGACUUCCCAAUCGCUCCGGCGUACGCUGUCCCAAAGGCUCUGGACGCAGCUGGACUGAAGAAGGAGGACAUCGCCAUGUGGGAGAUCAACGAAGCCUUCAGCGUGGUCGUGCUGGCCAACAUCAAAAUGCUCGACAUCGACCCGGCAAAAGUCAACGUCAACGGAGGAGCUGUGUCUUUGGGACACCCGAUUGGGAUGUCUGGGGCGAGGAUCGUGGGUCACAUGGUGCACAACCUGAAGUCUGGUCAGUACGGACUCGCAGGAAUCUGCAACGGAGGAGGCGGAGCGUCUUCCAUCCUCAUCCAGAAGUUGUAGGAAAAAAAGCUGAGCGUUUUUCCUGCUUUUACAUCGUGUGGUUGCCGGUUGCUCCAAGUGGUUAGGACAUCAAUGUGACUGUAAAGAGUCCAUUUGUUACAACUUUAGUUCCAGGGGCCUUAAUCAAACAAAACGUAACACUCUGAUAUUGUCAUGACUCCAACGUUCCAAACACUCCCUUGUUUGAUGGAAUGUCUUGUCAAAAUCACAUAUUAAUAUUUAAGCUGUGAAAGGAUGUGAUUAAAUAGUUUUUCAAAGUGCUGUGUGGUUAUUGACUGCGCUGGUUUAACUUUCAAGAAGAAACUUAAAGGUACUCAUGAUGUAAUUCAUAAGCCUGCCACUAGAGGCUGCUGUGAGGGUUUUUUUUGCCACGUUUCAGCUAAUUAUGUGCCAGAGAGGAAGCAGUUUGGAUGGAACAUAUAAAACGAGAAGAUGUGAUCAAAUUGGUUCUCAACAGAAAAAGGGAAUGAAAAUGUAAGGUUGUUUUUAAAAGUUUUUUUUCUUUACAAGCUCAAAUAUGUAAGUAUAAACUGUUGUACCAACCUGAUUCCAUUACAUAAGUAACUGGCCUUCCUGUGAGAAAGUAUUAAGUUGAAUUGUUUGACAUCUGGGUCCAUUUGUGAUGUAUGGAGUCAGUAACAAAACCAAAGAAUAAAUCCUAGAACAGAAGUAACAAACUACCUAGAAAUGAGUCUAAAGUACAAUAUUUCCCCUUGAAAUGUAGAGGAAUGAAAAUCAUAAGUUGCCUGAAAAAUAAAUGGCCAAAUUAAAGAUACUCAACAAAAGUGUAAUUAAGUACAGUAUUCAAGUAAAUACUGUUCACCGCUGGAUUUCACACAGUCAUGACUUUCUCCGCUAGAACCAGAAGGCCUGAGUACAGUCUGGAAGGUUGAUACAACAAAUCCUUUAUGUAUUUGGUGCUAAGCUGUUUGGUGGUUAUAAACUAAUAGAAGUAUUAUUUAAGUUUUAUUAAGACAGGAAGGCUGGUAACUAGAGGAAGGGGAAAGACAGGCAACAAACAUCAACAAGCCGUUUAUAAAAGUAUUUUAAAGUCUUGUCUGAGCUACAGUGUAAUGAUUUUAAAACUGGGAUGAUGCUCUCUGUUAUCUUCUUGGUUUUAGUGAGAACACGAGCAGCUGCUGCUCAUAUAUGACCAUAAACAUUAUUUGACCAUGUUUGGUUGGUUAUGGAGCUGAUUAUUUUUGCUUUUCUGUCAUUUGUUGAAAUUGUACUUUUAAGAGUUUUUUUUUUAUUAUGUACUGAUCGAUUCUUAUCUGCUUUCAUUCUGUAUCUCUUAUUAUGGAUUUUAUCUCCUACAAACUGUUCUGCUUCUAGAAAAUUCUUUAUAAAUGAAGUUAUUAAUGAAUGACCACAUUAAUUGAACUUCAUGAAUCCUUUUGAUCGAUGACACAGUUGCAUAGUUUGCCGCUUUUCAUUGGCUCGAAUCGAAUUGGAUCGAAUUUGAAGUUUGUUGUUGUACUGUAAUAACAUUUAAGAGUACAAGAGGUAUGAAUACUUUAGCAAACCAUUGUUUUAAUGAAUAAAACUGUCUCAUGUUAAUAAUCAGCACCACA